GAAAAAAAGCUUCAAACUGAUUAAGCGAUUAACAAAAUAGUUAUCGAUUCAUUUAACACCGGCACCACGGCUUGCCAGUAGGGGGUGCUAUUAUACCGCAAAUGGUGAUGUUCAACAGGUUGCAUGAGAGAAGCCUCCCCAGGAUGGUAGGGGAAGGCAGCGCCUUCUUCUCCUCUGAUUGGCUGGAAGGGUUUUCCUCCGAUUGGUUAUUGAAUUAUCAGCUCACGUUUUGAUCAUCUUUACAACUUAAGUCAACUUAAGUUAACUUAAGUCAGUCCAACAGACAACAGUAGUAAGUUAAAAAGAUCAAUGAUUCUUCUUCUUAUUAUUAUCAUUAUAAUAACAGUGUGAUAAGUGCGUGUGUUUCUGUCUGUGCGUAGCGACAAUGCAUGCGUUAUUGCGUAUGUAACCAAGCACGUGAUCAACCGUUAAAAUCAAAUGAAACGACUGCCUCUCAGGGUGUUACCCAAGAAAAGUAACCUGUGUGUAUCCUGUGAACACAAAGAGCACUAUGUGAUCUGUGUGUGUGUAUCUUUCACUUUCAUGUUCUCCUGUGAUUGUGAUUAUGUUUCCCAUGAUGCCUCAUGACUAGUAAAGUCCAUGAGUCACUUGUUGUUGUUGCCUGCUGUGAUUCAGGAAGUGAACAACUGUGAAGUAUGUUUCAGUUUAGAUCAGACGUCAGUGUGUGUGUGUGUGUGUGUGUGGUGUCAUGGACCUGCUGCUGCUGCUGCUGCUCCCUCUGCUCCCUCUGCAAACUCUACAGGAAGCUGCUCUGCGGUUUGCUGUGCUGGCUGACUGGGGGGGCCUCCCUCUCCCUCCUUACUACACUCCCCAUGAGAAGGCUGUCGCUGCAGAGGUGGACACACUGGCCCACACUGAAGGACUGGACUUUGUCCUCAGUCUGGGAGAUCACUUCUACUUCAGUGGUGUGGACAACGUGGAGGACACUCGCUUUAAGCACACAUUUGAAAAGGUCUUUUUUCAGCCCUCUCUGCUGCACAUCCCGUGGUAUUUGGUCGGAGGAAACCACGACCACAAGGGCAACAUCUCAGCUCAGAUAGCUUACUCGAACAUUUCCCACCGAUGGAAUUACCCCGCUCUCUAUUACGACCUCCACUUCACUGUCCCACGCACAAACGUGUCAGUGAGUGUCUUGAUGAUCGACACGGUGGUGCUCUGUGGAAACACCUACGACCAAACCCAACCUUCCGGAGCAGAAGACCGACAAGCGGCAGACCAGCAGUGGAACUGGAUCAGGUCCAAACUGGCCAGCAGCAGCAGGUCAGACUACGUGCUGGUGGCUGGUCACUAUCCUGUGUGGUCUAUUGGACAUCAUGGACCAACGUCUUGUCUGGUGAAAAGACUGAGACCUCUGCUGAAGAAAUACAGAGUCACUGUGUACCUGAGUGGCCACGACCACAAUCAACAGUUUAUCAGAGAGGAUGAUGGGAGCUCAUAUGUAGUCAGUGGGAGUGGCGUCGUCAGUGACACGGUCACCACUCACAGGGACAGUGUUCCCUCCUCCUGGCAGCUCUACUCCAGUCCUGUCAAUCACACAGUAGGAGCCGUGGCUUACGUCCGCGUCACUGAGCAGAAGAUGACGGUCAAUUUCCUGCAGACAAACGGGAAAUGUGCGUUCCUGGCAGAAAUACCAAAGAAUAGAUUGUAACUUGGAAUUGUAACGUAUGAGCUCAUCUUCACCUAUACAGAGCUGUCGUCAUAUGUGUCUAUGCUCUAGUCGAGGCUUUUGCGACUUCUUCUGAACAACAUCUACAGUUACACACACCUGUGUCGUCUGACUCACAACUCUCUUUGUCCUUCACUGAACAUCUAGCAAAGAAAUGUGAAUUCACCUUCAGCUGAGUGUACACGCUGAAGUCCUGAUUCUCUUCACACGCAGGACUACACGUCACAUGUAUUAUACUGUAAUUAUAGGGCAUUUUGAUUUUAGACACAGAUAAGACAAUUAAGUUUUUAAUAAAGAUGGUUCCAUUCUUUUUGAA